GAUGCAGGAUGAUUGUGGCUGAGACGUAGCACAACGAACGUAUUUCGGAUAUGAAUCAGUUCAUCAGUCAAUGAUUUAGCCCACCUAAAUACCUAAAACGUCAACGCAGAAAGAUGUGAUAAUUAUUUUCCAUUCUGAUAGUAAAAACUGUGGAGUGGACACCAACGAGACCAUACUGUCGAAACUGCGCUCUAAAUAUGCAGAUAAGCCGUGGAAUGAGACACUUCAGCUGGUUCGCAGGUGCAUGGAUAAAUCAAAAACUGAUUCCAGAACCAGUGAGCUGUAUUUGCGUUGUCUAGGGAGACUCCAUGAAGAACUGAAUGUAUCCUCCUUGACUGCAAUGGUAUCCAGAUUAGAGAUGAUUGCAAAACAGAGAGGGCUAGGCUCACACCGGAGCCCCACAGAGACCACCUGUUACCUGACUUCAGACAUGUUCUACCUGGAGGUGUUGCUGCUGCCUGGUGGGGAUGUAGAGGAUGUCAAGGUGGCUCAUCAUGGAGAGGCUCCUGUGUCCUGGGAACCACUUCUUACCCUCCUCAGGUCAAAAAGAUUUGACGAUUUCUCCAUGAAGCUAGACUGCUUGUCUUCGCUCUACAACAUAAUUGGAGACAAUGAAACAAAAAUAAAGGUAUACACUGCCCUUCAGCAUCUGGAGAGGGAUCUUCUAAAGAUAUCUCAGUUACCCAGGCCUCUAAUAGAUCAUGAUCUUCAUGUGGACACAAUUCUCAAUGGAAGAAUCGGGAAGGUCACCCUACAGAGAGAAGGAAAUCCCCUGAGUAUCAAGUACUACAUAAGCCCUUAUGACCUCCUGACCGACAAUGACGAUGCAGAGUGCAAGGUGGCUCUGGUGGUAGCAGGGGCCAGUGACUCUACGCACCGGCUGCAGAUGACAUCCCUCAUCCAAAAGCCUCCCAUCAUCAACAGCGAGGGUCUCCCAGUGUUUCUUCCCCUGGACAAUGUCACUAGUGAAGUCCUGCCUGCCUGCUUUUUCCUGAAGCUGCAACCACCCUUGCCAAUGCUGUCUUCCUUUAUCCACAAAAUGGACCAAAUCACUGAAAUGAACUUGUGUGAGACUGACCUGCAGUGGCUGCCUUUCCCCUGGCUGCUGAAGGCUAGUCUGGGAGAAACCAGCUGCUCUGAUUAUUUGGAAGGGGAAGAUGCCCAUUUCUUUGUGCCUCUUCCAGACAACCAGAUGCAUGGUUAUGUGCUGGCAGGUGAUGUGUGGGGCGUAGAGGGACUAAGGGGGGCGCUGGUUCACAGCAUCCCAUUUACACACCCUGCCCAUGUCCCCCCACUGCUGGAGCUGUUGAGACAUCAAGCUGCAAUCAACACCCUGCUCUCCAGCUUCAUUACCCCCCAUAGGCCCUCCGAAGGUUCAGAGCCAGACUUGCACUGCGAGGUCCUUCCAGAGUCUGACUCCAGCUUCUCAGUGUCUUUCCCACUACAUGAGAGCGACUGUCUCGGUGUGCUUUUGGUGAAUGUAAAGGACUCCCAUCAGAUCACCUGCAGGCUGUUUACGCCAUGUUCAAAAGAUUUAUCCAUCGAUGAAUACAUAAUGCGAGUCUUGAAAAGAUGCAUGUGCAUUCCUUUGGUCAUGAGGGCGAUCUGUAGAAGACUGGCUCAGAAUGGCUCUUCGGGUGUAAUUGCCUCCACUUUAGCAGCUGGGUAUUCUGCGCAUGCAGUUGCACCUGCCGCUUGCUUGUAUACAGCAGUGUCUGAAGCCGAUGUACCCUGUGCCCCACCUGUAGACUCCGAGACUGUACAUACAGGCCCUCCCUCUGCCAUGAUAUCCCAGAAUGCCUCCGUCACAGACGAUUCCUGUGUGCCUGCAUCCCCCAUUUGCUCCUACUUUGUAAUGUCUGUGCCUGCAGCUCAGGGUGCUGCAGGUGCUAACACAGGUUGUCUUGCCAACCCUUACCCUGGUACCUGUGUUGGUGUGCUUCAGUCCUGGUCAGCAAGUAACCCUCUUGGAAUCUAACCUUUUGAAAGGGAAGUUAUGUGAAAUGGUUCAUUAAACAAGGUGUAUUUUUUGUUUAAUGUUUAGUGGGUAAACAUUUAAGAGAAUUUAAUAAAAGUU